AUGUUUCGACCAGCCGCUCGAUCGUUAGUGCAGUCGGCACCUCGACCUUAUCUCAUAGCGCCGCGGACGGUUGCUGGAAGACGAUUUGUGAGCACAUCGCCGGUAAAUGCGCGAAGGAGUUGGAAAAGUACUUUCUUGAGAUGGGGCAUUGCGAUUGCUGGGAUAUACUAUUACAAUACAAGUCCCGUCUUCGCUGAGCAGCCGCAGCAUAAUCUCUUGAACCCCAAUGUCGAAGCCGUGGAAGAGACUUUUCCCGAAGAAUCGCCCCUAGAAGCAUUGACUUCGCGCCGUAAGCAACAAACGCAGUCGAACUCGGCUGCCCUACACGCCGCUGCAGAUACAGUCUCGUCUGAAAAUGCAUCCACGUCGGUUGCGGCGCAGGAAAACGAACCAAUCUCCACAGGAUCCGCGGGGGAGCUAGAGGAAGAAGCUGCCAACGAGGGCGCAUUCAACCCGGAGACCGGCGAGAUCAAUUGGGAUUGCCCAUGUCUAGGUGGCAUGGCCCAUGGUCCCUGCGGACCCGAGUUCCGAGAGGCAUUUUCAUGCUUCGUCUAUUCGACCGAAGAGCCCAAGGGCAUGGACUGUAUCGACAAGUUCCAAAACAUGCAACAAUGUUUCCAGAGAUAUCCUGAAGUCUACAAGGGAGAAUUGGAAGAUGAUGAAGAGCUAGACGCUGGCUUGGAGGCGGAGAAACAAGAGUUGGUCAACGAGAUCAAGGAGCGGAAAGCUCAACAGCAGCAACGGCAACAAGAAUCGCAGCAUCGGCUGCUGGAAGAGCCGACGUCAGCACCAGCACCGUCAAAGCCUGCGCAAACGGGAGAAAAGCCAGCUACUGAACCCCAGCAGGAGAAAUCUGUUACAAGUCAAGAGACGCAGACAAGAUCCGACGACAAGCAGACUCAGUCGACACAUACCCAGAGUUCAAAGCCGCCGCAGGAACCGUCCAAGGUUAAGAUCCAUGAUGACCCGACCAUGUCACCUGAGCGAGAAAACAUAACGGAAGGCCAGAAGUCGUCUCCGGUAAGCCAACCCAAGCCUUCCCCGGCGGCUGAUGACGGCACCAUUCCGGAAGACGACAUCGUCCCACGGGCGGCGCAUGAUGCGAGAGGCAAUUCGGGUGUCACGAAGCGAGACACGGAGAAAUAA